UAUCGUCGCAAUCCCUGAAGUCUCUAAGUAUCACUCGCUACUGUGAUUUCAGUGAGAGUCAUCGCAUUCAUGUUUAUGCCUCAAAUCUUGUUUCAUUGUGGCUUGAGGUCUUUUACGGCAGGGUUCCUAUUCUUAACAAAAUGCCAUCCCUAGUGGAGGCGGUUGUCAGAAUUGAUGCUUAUGCUGGUGACUUCUGCUGUCAUCAUGCUGACUCUGGGGACUGUGAUGGUGAGCGCUGUCCUGGUUGUUAUGGGGUAAAUGGCGAUACUGACUGCGUGCUUCUCCAAGGUUUAUCCAAGGUUCAGAGUUUGGUGCUGAUAUCUGACACUAGAAUGUUUAUUUUCAGAAGGGAUUUGAAAUGCUGCCCAAUAUUUAGUAACUUGAAGACUUUGUCACUCAAUGAAUACUGGUGUGUGCCUGAUGACUUCAGUGCUCUUACAUGUAUCCUUGAACAUUCACCGGUUUUAGAGAAGCUCACUCUUCAACUAUUUUGCGAGGGACCCAAAAGUAAUGUACAAAUGAAAGGAAGCCCUGAUCCAACAGAGAGAUCAAAUGUGAUAUCAGAGCAUCUUAAAGUAGUGGAAGUCAAAUGUGAAGUGGUUGAUGACAGAGUGCUAGAUGUUCUGAAGUUCCUGAAUAAACUUGGCAUAUGUUGCAAUUCGCAGAAAUUAUUGAAAUUGCAUGGGCCGCCUAAACACAAUGCUAGUCGUCCAAUCCAAGGAGGAAUAUGCUACACUUAAUCAGUACAACAACAAAUGGAAGACCGAAUUCUAUCAUGG